AUACCGCAUGUUUUUGGGUUUAUUUACUUUUAUUUAACCCUAUUUAAUUUAAGAGAAUAUAAAUAAUUAAUAUCUUACAGGGUAUGUCGUUCCAUACUCGUUUGUUUGUGGGAAAUAUCCCCAAAAGUUUAAGUGAAAAUGAUUUACGUGAAGCCUUCACAAGCUAUGGAGAAAUUAUCAAUUUGGAUAUAAAACAAAAACCUGGAGCUGAGAAUGACGAAAAGCGUUUUGCAUUUUUAACUUUGUCUGCUUCGAAUUAUGAGGUUGAGUCUUGCAUAAAGAAAAUAGCUGAUGUAGAUUUUAAUGGACAAAGAUUGUAUGUAACCCGAGCAAGGGAAAGUUUCUUAGAAAGACUUCAGCGGGAAAGAGAACAAGCUAGUAAAAAAGAAGAAAAGAAAGAGACUGUAAGCCAUACAAAUAAAGAGAAUCCUACAAUUAACUUAGGUACAAGACUAAAUCCACCGAAAAGGAAAAUUGAUGAAACAUGGACAAAUGAUAACCAAUUGUAUAAAAAUCCAAAAGCAUUCAAGAACAACAAAAGUACUGAUUUUCAGUCUAAUAAUAUAAAUGAAAAUAUUGGAGAUGAUAAAAAGUUAAGUUCAGAUCAGAAAAGAUUAGAAUCAUUGAAAAGAAAGAGGCAAGAGUUUAAAGAGAAAAAGAAUAUAAUUAAAACGGGAUUGGUUGGAAUUGAUAAAGUACCAAAUAAGAAAGUUAUAUUUUCUGAUGAUGAAGACGGUAACAUAGAUAAGAACACUUCAACUUAUCAAGAUAAUAUUAAUAACAAACCUAAAAAUGGAAAGAAUAUAUUGUUUGAUGAUGAAGAAAGUGAUUCCGAAGUAACUUUUGAAAUAAAGAAACAAUUUGAAGGGAAAAAAGGACAAAAGAUUUUAGAUUUACAAUCUAGAUAUAAAUCUGACAAGCGGUUCACAUUAGAUGAAAGGUUUAUUGAUGAUCAGUCUGAUGAUGAAAAUAAUGAAGAAAAAGCUACUACAGGUGAUGACAGAGUUGAUGUUGGCCAAGUUGAUGAGAAAUCUAAACAACUAAAUAUUUUACAAGAUGUCCUUGGUGUUACUAUAAAAACUCAUAAUUCUGAGCAUCUCCAGAAAACAAAACCUAAGCUUGGUAUGUUAAGGUAUGAUCCAAUGCAUCCAGAACAUGCUAAAUUCUUAGCACCAGCGACUACACAAGAAGUACCAAAAAAAGCAAAGAAAGCAAAAAAAUCCAAGGAGAUACCAGUAGAGCCUCCACUAGCACCCACAGUUGUAGAAAAUGUAGAAGUUUCAAAGGAACAAUUUUACUCAGUCAGUGACACAUUAAAAGAAGCUCUUGUUCAACCAACUAAAUUUAGUUUACGUGAUUUAUUUGGUAAUAAAGAAAAUGAUAAAGAAGUUGUAGAAGAAAGUGCAGACUAUAUACCUUUAAACCUACCAAAAGAAAAAGAAAAGAAAUCAAGAAACCCACUUGACACUGGUGAAAGAAAUCCAUUUGUGUAUGAUUCUUCUGAUUCUGAAGAUGAAGGGCAAGAUAAACAGAAAGAAAUCCAGGUGCCAGAGGAAAAGCAGGUCAAAGCAGUUUGGAGAGAAAACUUAUUUUUCUCUAAGGAUGAUUCCAGACUUAGAGAGGGAUUACUGUUCUUUAACAAGUUUGAAGAAAGUGAAGUGAAAAAGGAAAGAAGAGGUCUUAAAACCGUUAUGAAGAAAAGAAUAUAUAAUAAAGAAAGAAAGAACCAAAUGUUCCAAAAGAAAAUUGGUGGCAGACAAAAAUCUAUGAAAAAAGAUAUUAGAAAAAGAAGAUAAAUUAAUUAAAAUAAAUCUACACCAACACUAGCUUGUUUAUUUUUUUUAACUUCAACUAAAUACAUUGAUA